AUGUCAGGUCCUGUACGAUUCAUCUCUACAGCUCACCAUCACCAAACUCCAAUCGUCUUACUUCCAAUAGUGAACUACUCUUCCACACCAAUAUCUAAAUUCUACAACAAUUUUCGUGAUGAACGUCACGUAUCCGCCCAAUACAAAACAAUUCAACAGAGACCACCAAGAAAAUUUCAACCGGAUUCAGGUGCAGGCGAACCGACCAGACGAUUCGAUUACAAUAUACUCUACGGCAGAAAUGGUGGGCAAGAUUCUUUCAACCACAGAGACGGAUGGCAUGGAGGAGUGGGAGGAGGAAAACAGUCACCAGCAAUAUCUGCACUCGCUCUCUUGGGAUUUCUCUUCUUUCUAAACUUGAUUCAGAAUUCCUUGCUGAACAACAGGCUCCUUCUGACUACGACCACCUCCAAUAAUGGGACAGCAAUGGCGUCAGGUCGAACGAACGGUAGAGUAAGACAGACACGAGGUAUGGAAUUCAAUCAGCACCUUUUAACCCCAGAGUCCAUCCCAACCCAUCCGAGCCGACAGUUUUCGCACAACAAUCUCGCAAGCAUAAGUCCGGAUUCCAGCAGACAACGCACUUGGAGACAAUUCAUGUACAACAAGUAUGUACAAGCCCAACACAAUGAUCAUAACGGGCGAAGGGGAGACGUUUCGGUGAUGCAGCAAAUGAGUCAGGCUACGAGGGAGUAUGUCAAAACGUUUUUUUACAACGUGGAAAAAUUAUUUUUCCUGCAUGGGGCAAUUAGUGGGAAUGGGAUUGACAAUUUUUGGGGGUAA